AUGGUUCAAAGCUCGUGUGAGGGUUGGUGGAAAGCUGGGGAAACAAGAGACAGAUCUAGCUGGUCACGUACCUGUGUCGUGAAGAUCCUUGGCCAUGUUACACAAGAUGCACCGAAGCGCGAGUGCUCACGAAUGACGACCGGAAAGAGCAGGAUAACGGACUGUGAACCGCCGGGCGACACAGCGUGA